GCGGGGCCACUGCCAGCACACACGAGUUGUCAAACAGGUUUGUGGUAAACGCUCGUUUCACACGCGUUUAUGCGGGAGCACAGCCUCCUGUUUCCGCUUGUCUUCAACACAGACCCCCGACAGCAGGGAAUCAGGAGCUCUACUCUUACCGCUCAGGAAGUCCAAACGUCACGGAGCUAAAGUUUUAUGAGAGGUGCUGAGGUUACAUCUCUCAAACAUGGCAGGAAGAUGAUCAUUCAACAUGCUGACAAAGGCUCAAAGUGAAAAACAGGAAACAUCCUUUUAAAAGAUGCCAGUCGAGGCCCUUCAACAUCCAUCUAGGCAACCAGCAAAGGCUGUUGUAGGAGUUUCUCCUCCACGUCUGCGAACGAAGGGUCCGGUGGGACCAGACUUCUACAGAAGAACGACAGCUAGCACCCCGAAGAAGAGUGCUGUGGAGAGACUAGAGGCAGACAAGGCCAAAUAUGUCAAGAGUCAGGUGGCUCUGUCCAAACAGCAGCCUGUCCAAGCUCCUGAGAUGAAGAAGCCUCUGUUAAACCCCAGCACUCCCCUUCGUCCCACCAGAAAGACCCUAACCCAAGCAAAUGCAAAACAGGAGGGGGUCCAGCUCGACUUGGAGCACCUCAGCAGCCUCAUUAGCGACCUGCCUUAUGGACCCCAGGCUGGUGCGGCUGCAGACUGCGGGUACGGUAAAGCUCUUGAUAGGGGUGUCGAUGCACAAAGCUGCCCCAGCAAAGCUCCAACACGCACACAGCAGGUAAAGGAGAGGCCAUGCCCACCACCACGUCCUGACUGGUCCAGUCCAGCUAAAGUGAGAUUAAAAGCGUCCGGACCUGCCAAAGUAGACAGUUCCGGUUCUCUUGGGGCUCCGGUUGCAGGAACGGUACGCAGAGUGGACGUCAUGCCUCAGACGGGCCCGGUGAAGGCCACCUGCAGACCACCUCAGUAUCGGCGUCAGCCCCUUCAGCCUGUACCUUUACAUUCCCAGUUUCCUCUGCGUCCAGUUGAUUCCCGCCAACCUCUCUUCAUCCAAAAAAUGACCCCAGGCUUUUCUCCUCUAAAACCACCGGUUGCCCCAAAACCUAAGAAAUGUCCCUGCCCUCCAACUGAACCCUUAGCCCCUGCUUCACCUGCCUUCCCUCCUCCUCCUCCUUCUCCGGCUAUCACCCGGUUGUCUUCCUCCAGCUCCAGAAAGCGGCCCUCUCUGACUCGAUCCAAGUCGGACAUGAGCGACCGGUACUCCCGGGCCGGCACGGAUCUGGAGCGCUUCUUUAACCUGUGUGGCCUGGAGCCGGCAGACCUGCAGGAGCUGCCAGCUUCCAGCUCGGACAUCGUGUCCCUCGCUCGGUUUCGGAGUGUCAGCGCUCCGGGGUCCGAGUGUGUAGGCUCAAACAGAGGCAGCGCAGAAGAGGAAGAGGAAGAGGCUGGGAAGGCUGCAGAUAGAGUUCCUUACGGUGUUUCUGUCAUUGAGAGGAAUGCUAGAGUGAUCAAAUGGCUGUACGGACUACGGCAGGCCAAGGAGAACACAAUUAAGAGCACCAACUUGUAGCACAGCUUUUCUUAGCUUUAAUACUAAGCUGAGUUUUUCUCUUCUAACUUAAACAUGGAUAAUUCCUGGACUGUUUGGAUCUAAAUGUUAUAUUGGCUUAACAGUGAUAAGGGUAAAAAUGCAGAAUUAUGUCUGUUUGUGAGCAUAAAGUUUCCCUUGUUGUGUGGAAUCAGUAAGUUGGUGUGGACAUUUUCUGUUUGAGUCUGUUAAAGUCAAUCAGAUGGAUUUAUAGUCGGUUACAUGCAUUCCAAGUAGAUCCUUGUUAUAAAACGAUAAAGUCAA